UAUGCGCCGUUGUUUUCUUCCAAAGAACUGGCUAGUUCACUCUCCCGAAGGUGGUUAUUUAAGAGGAAGAAGAGCUUCAGCAGAAUCGCAGCGUUAUAUUCGUCUAUUCGAAUUGGAGAAUGAAGAAGCUCGAGGGAAGGUGCAAUGUGCUCAAUGGGCAGUUGGAGAGGCUCAUGUGGAAGAUUGUGGUUAUCGUCUCGAUGGUCUCUGGUUUCGGUCCCCACCACUUAGACCGUUGGCAAAUGAAUAUAUGGGGUGUUACUAUCAUGGAUGCCCCCGAUGCUUCCCAAUACGAGACCAACGUUUGGCUGCAGGCCGUACCGCUGAAGAACUUUAUGAGCGUACCCAAAAUCGCCUUUGCGAGUUGGAGCAACAACAUGGAUAUUCUCUACAUGUUGUUUGGGGACACGAAAUGAAAGAUCGUCUUCGUAACAACCCCCAACUUAAGCGUAAAUGGGAUGAAAUUGAUUGUGUGAAGCCUAUGGAUCCUAGAAAUGACUGCCUGAGGGGAGGCCGCACUGAACCAUUCAAACUCCAUCAUGAAUGUGCAGCAGAUGAGGAGAUUCUCUACAUUGAUAUAGUGAGUCUAUACCCAUAUGUGAUGAAGACAUGUUCGUUUCCAAUCGGAAACCCUCGAGUGUUAACAAGAGAAGUUCUUUUGUCUUCUACCCCGCUACCAUGGACUUCUAAAGAACAAAACAUCUAUCAAGGAUUGCUUCUAGUGAGAGUUUUGCCACCAACAACAUUGAAUGGACUACCACCUCUGCUCGCUUACAGAACAUAUGAUGGAAGGUUAACUUUCCCCUUUUGUUCUACGUGUGCUAACAACAAACAACAAAGCCCUUGUCGACAUGUGGAUCGUCAACGAUCUUGGGUUAGCGGGUACACACAUGUUGAACUCAAUCGGGCAAUUGAACUGGGAUAUAAAGUCAUCGAUGUUCAUGAGGUAUUUAAUAAUUAUUUUUUAUUAUUUAACGUCUAGGUUUGGCAAUAUGAUCGAUGGGACCAAGAACUCUUUCGACCAUAUGUCAACACCUUUAUUUGUUUGAAACAGCAAGCAAGUGGCUGGCCUCAAGGAUGCGAAAACCAGGUGGAACGUGACAACUACAUUGCUGAAUAUGAACGGGUCGAAGGCAUCAGAAUGGACCCACAAAAAGUUGCCGUAAAUCCUGGUCUUAGACUGAUCGCUAAAAUUCUGGCGAAUUCUCUUUGGGGUAAAUUGGCACAACGUGUUGGUGGCACUGAUGUUAAAUACGCAAGAACACCUGUCGAAUUUCAUCA